ACAUACUGACAUCAUGGAGAAGGCCAUUAUUUGUUGCAUAUUCGCUCUGAUGUCACUAGCUCUCUCUGCAGGAUCUGGGUUAGACAAAUCAAGCAUACUGAAAUCCUUGAACCUCCGAAUGAAGACCACGGAACGUCAGGCAUUCACUACAGCACUCCACGAAAGAACAAUGGGAAGGAUAACACAAGGUUCCAGCCAAGACAAGCAGGGAAGCGGAGAAUCCAUGAACGCCAGACUCGAGGCUGUGGAACGUCAGCUUUUGGCCUCAAAUCAACGCCGCAACACCGGAAUGGUGAGGAACGAUGUGUCUUUUGAGGUAACGUGCAGCAGAUCGAGAACUUAUACUGUCUAUGGAAAUCAAAUCUACAGGUUCGACACAGUAACCUUAAAUAACGGAGGAGGGUAUCACAAAUCCACCGGUGUGUUUGAAGCGCCAAAGUCAGGCACCUACCUGUUCUGGGCCAGCAUACUACCGUAUAAUAAAAAAACUGUAAACGUGAGACUAAUCAAAGAAGGAAGACAAUUAGUCAACACUGGCUCCAAUGAUGCUUCACCUUCGAGUUUCUCCUACGUUGUACACGUCAGGCGAGAAGAGAAAGUGUGGUUCGAAGCCGGUGGCUACACAACCACCAUCUACGGACAUCAACACUCAAGUUACGGUGGAACCUUGAUUCAUCAGCAAUAAUGUGAAUUUGAAAUUCUUAUGUUGAGAUCUUAAUAA